GGGAUUUAAUACGCUGGUUACGACGACGCUGCGCUUCGACUCGGCUACAGGAUGUCUGGGUUCGGAAGACAACUGUCCUGCAUUCUGAGCAGCAUGCUGCAGCUGUUCUGCGGAGGAAUGCACAUCGGCUGGAGCAUCAUGCACUUUUACAUGUCCGGUAACAAGUGGGCCGUUGGCAUCUCCGUGGAUGAAUUCCGAUUUGCUAUCCUGUCGUUCUUCACCGGUUGUGGCUUCAUCAUACUAAUAGUAGCGGCCACGAAACAACUACUGCCGACCAGGAUGUGGUUGAUGUUGUCAGCCUUUUUCUUCAUGAUAAACGGCAUCUUUUUCACGGCCAUGCCGACCAACUAUGGUGCCACCGUUGGUACACGUAUUGUGGCAGGAUUUGGUCAAGGUAUUUGCCACGUUGUCUCCAUUAUCUACGUCGGUGAGAUUGCUUCGCGUAAUUUUCGUGGCAAACUGGUGGCCAUGCUGGUGUCCAGCAUUAUCGGAGGUAUCGCCUUGUUCACAAUACUGUCCAUGGUUACGACUAACCCGGUCUACAUCGUCGAACCGAACAUGCAUCCAAACCGGGCUAUCGGUAUCGUCAUCCUGUCUUUGAGCACCUUCGCCCUCGUGCCCGCCUGGUUCCUAGUGAUCGAAUCUCCCAUCUAUACGCUCACUACCUCGGGCAACGAUGCGUUAGCGAAGACCAAUCUGAUCAAGCUACGCGGUCUCAGCAUGGAGUCACCGUCGAUGAUGGACGAGUUCGAGGAUAUGAAGACGCUGGCAGCAGAGAGUGAAAGCCUAUCGCCGUUCUUUCUAUCGCAGGGCAACUUUCCGCCCUUCCAGCUGUCACUGCUCAUCAAGCUGGCCAAUCUACUGUUCUUCAACUACUCGAUGAAUACCGCCAAGAUGUCUCUGAUGUCGCUCAUGUUCACCUUGAACGUGUUCACGCACAACUGGGCCCCUUCGAUACUGAUGCUGAGCAAAUUCGUCGCUUCCCUGUUCGCUAUCCUCAUCAUCGAUGUGCUGCCACGCCGGUUCCAGUACGGCGUGUCGUCUAUCUUCACCGGUAGCUUCAUGCUAGCGCUCGGUAUCAUCCUGGCAACGUACGAUAUCGUCGAAACAUGGAUUCCACCGUUCCUCUACAUCACGGCCGAGGUGUUCAAUACGUUCGGUAUGCUGCCGGUGUCAGAAAUCUUGCUAUCCGAGGCGUUUCCACCGAAAAAGCGAGCCCUGUCCGUUUCCUCCAUACUGAUCUGCGAGUACGUUGGCCAUAUGGUGGUGUACAUCAUCUACUUCAACGUGCCGAGCACGCUCACCAACACCUACAUCAAAACGCUCGUGUUUUCCGGUGUCAUACUGCUCAAGUGCUUCAUUGCCAUGCUGACGAUACCGGACACGCGAAAUAUGUACCCCCGGGAGGCCGUUCAGGCGUACAUGCACAAAAAGAAGUAAAGACCCAAAAGGACAUCCCUCCUCGCUAAAAUGCUCACACAUGUCAGGUGAUUUUGUAAAUGUAACUUUUUUCACAAUAAAAUUUCAUUGAAAAUCUUACGCAAUUUGACCAAUAUGCCGAGCGGCUGCACGUCGCAACGCAGCACUGCAAAAGCUGGCACCAGCACCGGGGGGUAUAGAGACUUUUCGAUAUCGCGAUAAGCAAAUCACCCUUGCUUACACACUCGACAAACCGGUAAAACCGUGCUGAACACACCGAUAAGAUUGUCAGUGGGAAAGCAUUUGCUUGCACCAUUCCUGUUUUAUGACUGCACCCAUUCCCAGCGCGCCGUUCAUUCGCCAUGAAAGACGCCAGGUACAUGAAAUCGUGCCGUGGUCAG